UGUGAUACCGCGCUAUAGGUGCACUUGACCACCGACUUCCGAGAGAAAGUGGUUUUACUACUGGUGCUGUGUGCCUACGUUUGAGGUGUCUUCUUUCUGAGUACUGAGGAAUCUCGCGUUUCCGAAGGCCAGGACAUCAUGAAAAGUUUAGCUCUGCUAUUUUGUCUUGCGUUGACGGCUGUUUGCGCAGAAUCUGAAUCAGAAGAAACCGGCAAAAAAGGACCCAAAGUUACUCAUAAAGUAUGGUUCGAUAUAGAGAGCGGAGGUGAAAAAAUCGGUAAAAUUGAAAUUGGUCUUUUUGGCAAAACUGUCCCAAAGACCGUUCAGAAUUUUAUUGAAUUGUCAACAAGAUCACCCGGCGAAGGUUACAAAGGCAGUAAAUUCCAUAGAGUUAUUCAAGACUUCAUGAUCCAAGGCGGUGAUUUCACCAAAGGCGAUGGAACUGGAGGAAAAAGCAUAUAUGGCAUUCACUUUAAUGACGAGAACUUCAAAUUGAAGCAUUACGGAGCUGGUUGGUUAUCGAUGGCUAAUGCUGGUGAAAACACCAAUGGUUCACAGUUUUUUAUAACUAUAAAACAAACUCCUUGGCUUGAUGGUAAACAUGUUGUAUUUGGAAAAGUAAUUAAAGGAAUGGGUGUAAUUAAGAAAAUUGAAAAAACAAAGACAGAUAAUAGAGACAGGCCAGUGAAGGAUAUUGUUAUUGCAGAUUGUGGAGUAGAGAUUGUUAGUGAGCCAUUUAGUGUCACUAAAGAUGAUGCUCUUGAAUGAAGGAGACAACUGUCUAUUUUCUUAAAUAGUGUUAAUUUUUCCAUGACUACGCACAAGAUAAUGCAUUUUGUAAAAAAAAGAAUGAAUUCUAAAUGGAAUAAAAAAAUUUAUUUAGUAAAUGAAA